UUUCAGUCUUCUGAUUAGGCUGAUGCAAGCUGACAGUCUUCUGUGUAAAGACUAUCAUAAGUGUGAAGAAGAUGACAGACUGUCAGGGUGACGGCGAAGGAGCGAAUAGUCCAAUGGAGCUGUAUGAAAAACUGAACGCUCAAGGAGAUAAAGUCAGAGUCUUGAACACGGCUAAAGCUGAGAGAGCUGAAAUUGAUGCUGCUGUCCAGUUGCUGCUGAAGUUGAAAGUGGACUACAAACAGAUGACAGGUCAGGAUUACAAAGCAGGAAGUCCCCCCUCAGAAAACUCUGUUGUCCCCGACAAUGGGCCAGCAGCAGAUGAUGCAAAUGAUGAAGACACAGUUGACCCAUGGAACGUUUCCACCACCAGUGCCAAGGGGGUAGACUACGACAAACUCAUAGUGAGGUUUGGCAGCAGUAAAAUUGAAAAGGAGCUGGUGGACAGAAUAGAAAAAGUCUCGGGACAGAAACCUCACCGCUUUCUGAGAAGAGGGAUCUUCUUUUCACACAGAGAUAUGCAUCAGGUGCUUGAUGCGUGUGAGAAGCAAAAGUCCUUCUACCUUUACACUGGCAGAGGUCCGUCCUCUGAAGCCAUGCACGUUGGUCACCUCAUCCCCUUCAUCUUCACCAAGUGGCUUCAGGAUGUAUUUGACAUCCCCCUGGUGAUCCAGCUGACUGAUGAUGAAAAGUAUCUGUGGAAGGAUCUAACAAUAGAAGACUGCCACCAUUUCGCUGUGGAAAAUGCCAAGGACAUCAUCGCGUGUGGUUUUGAUGUCAACAAGACUUUCAUCUUCUCUGACCUUGACUAUAUGGGAGCAUCUCCUGAAUUCUACAGGAAUGUGGUUAAGAUCCAGAAGCAUGUCACAUUUAACCAGGUCAAAGGCAUCUUUGGCUUCACAGACAGUGACUGCAUUGGAAAGAUCAGCUUCCCAGCCAUCCAGGCAGCUCCGUCCUUCAGUAACUCUUUUCCACAGAUCUUUGGAGGCAGGAAGGACAUACAGUGUCUGAUCCCCUGCGCCAUAGACCAGGACCCUUACUUCAGGAUGACCCGUGAUGUAGCUCCAAGGAUCGGCUAUCCCAAACCAGCACUGCUGCACUCCACCUUCUUCCCCGCCUUGCAGGGGGCGCAGACCAAGAUGAGCGCCAGUGACGCCAACUCCUCCAUCUUCCUCACGGACACACCCAAACAGAUCAAAAACAAGGUCAACAAACACGCAUUUUCGGGGGGGAAAGACACAGUAGAAGAGCACAGGAAGUACGGUGGAAACCCAGACGUAGACGUCUCCUUCAUGUACUUGACCUUCUUCCUGGAGGACGAUGAGCAGCUGGAGAAGAUCAGACAGGACUAUUCAUGUGGAGCUCUGCUAACAGGAGAAGUGAAGAAGAUUUUGAUUGAGACUCUGCAGCCGAUGAUCGCUCAGCAUCAAGAGAGACGCAAACAAGUUACAGAUGAGACAGUAAAGCAGUUCAUGACUCCAAGACCUUUGAAUUUUAAGUUGUAGUCUGCUCGAGCUUCUGAGAUGUCGGGGGUCAUUAUGUUGUUAAUCUCAAUACAAGAUCAAAAAAUGCAUUGUAAUAGAAAAAUCAUAUUCUGCACUUUGUAUGGCUUUCUAUAAGCUUGGACAUGAAUCUGUCCUCACAUUUAUAAUCCUUAUUUGGCACUAUGAAUCUGUCUUCACAUGUAAACUCCUUAUCUGGAACUAUCUGUUACUUCUUUUCGACAGUUAGACAGUUUUGAUAGUAUCCAUCAUUGUUCGCACACACACAUCCUGAUCAUGCCUCCUUUUUCCCUCUUCAUAUAAAGUUCAUAUACACUCUUUGUUCUAUAACAGUCUGCGGUUGCACUCUGUGUGACUGUACGCUAAUCCUUUGCAAAGCUUUUA